AUGACUCAAUCUGGCGAGCAAGACAUGUCGGGAACGCUCUUCAAUUCGUUAUUCAACUUGAUCGGUGCCGGGCUGACCAACCUGGACAAAUCUCUAAACCACCGUUUAGACAGAAUGGAGGAGAGUAUCACCAAGGAAAACAAAACCUUCCAGAAGAAGAUCAUGCACCACUUGUCUGCCCUGGACGAUGUCGAGGAUCGACCUGGAACUGCGCAUGAUCGCAAGCGAGCUACAGUCAGGUCGAAGAAAAAGGACGAGGUUCAAGAGUACCUUGCCCAUCACCCCUUGUAUAGAAACUAUCUGGCGAGUACUUUGGUCGACGAGCGAGUUGCAAAGCUUACAUCCGGAGACCGGAUGGUCAGAUCGAGGCUUGGACAAGCUCUCCUCCAAUUUCGUCCAUUAACCGAUGAGGAGAUGAAGGCUUACGUCGACAAGAAGCAGGGCGCAGUCAAGAACGACGCUGACAACUUUCGCUUGGACUUCUCUCGCCCUCGCAGCCACCUCUUCAACCGGGACGCUUUCAAUGUCGCUGCGACAUCUUUCAUCGCUACUUUCGGCGGAGCUAACGGCAACAAGCAAGGUGCCAUCCCAGGGGAGCUUCUAACGAAAAGGAUUGUCCUCGCUGCCAUCGAAAAGCAUGCGGAAUAUCUCUGGGCAGUCUAUGCAGAAGCCUCAAGUGAAGACGCUGUUGAAAAGGAGUCUUCUAGGCUCUCUCGGAUCGCGAAACAGGAGCGUAGAAAAACGCUGUACCAGUACAGACUUAAGGCUGCGGAAUCGCAAAAGUUCAUGCACCACCUUCCUUUGCUCACAACAAUCGGCCUGGCGGGUAUGAGCGACGACGACAGUGACGGGGAAGGCCAAGAUUACGAUGUUGUUACUUUGCCAUGGCGGUCGGCGCAGCUGACUCGACUGUACAUGGACCUCGACGAUCAUGCCGCGGAAAUCCGGCGCACCAACGUCGGGCGCAAUCGACCCCGGGGAAAUCCCGCUCGAAGACGAAAACGAAGCGACAAACGAAUCGAUCUGUCGGCUCCAGUGCCUCCAAACCUGCCUAUGAAUCUGUACAAUCGGACUUGGUACGACACCUUGCGUCCAUUCCAGGAGAAGGCUCUGGCAGCAGUACAAGGAGAUUAUUGUUUUGAAACCGGAGAAACAACGUUGUGGAAGGAUAAGAACGAAGGGGAUGGGAAAGGGAAAGGAAAAGGAAAAGGAAAAGGAAAGGAGAAGGAGAAGGAGAAGGAGAAGGAGAAGGAGAAGGAGAAGGAGAAGGAGAAGGAGAAGGAGAAGGAGAAGGAGAAGGAUACAGAGAAGGAGGAUCUUAAUGUAUAG